AUGGAGGAAGUGAAGGCGCACUGCCGUGAUGCCGAGUUUUACGAUCUGCUUACAAGACCUGACCAAGCCCGCGACUUGAAAGUCGCCCAGCCGAUGCCGCUGCUGCCGCCCUCUUCAGUGCCAAGAGCGCCGACGACUUGCUUGAUCUCGGCGCCCACAUCAGCGGCGCCACAAGACAUUACCUCGAACAGGGCAUCUCAGGUGCCGGCUCCUAUAGGCCAACAGACGCUGCAGAAGAACUUGGGGCAGGAUCCGCGUGUCCGCUUGCACAACAAAGCACAGUGGUUCACGAGACAUCUUCCUGCGGCGGUGCAAGUUCCCGUCGGAUGCUGA